AACGGAACGUAAAGUGCGGCUAAGGGCGGCUUAGUUCGACAGCGUAUAGCCAAUCGCUUUUGACGCUGAUAGGGAAGCACUUUAACCAAUCAUUGUGGGAAUGGAGAACUGUGUGAACGAAGUGAAACCCUGAUGAUUGUGACUAUAUAGAUGGGAUGGAGAUAUUAGAUGCAAUUGUUGACGAGGUGGCUCUGGAAGGCCUGGACGGGAUAAGUAUUGGUGCACUGUGGCUGCGGCUGCACGCGCGUGCCCCUCCCUUUCCUCUGCUUCUGGAUGAAGCGACUAAAGAGUUCAUAUGGCAGACACUGGUGUUUCAUCCUGAGCUCGAAUUCUAUGAGUUGCCUGUAGCGAGGCAGCCUCUGGCGCUCGUCAAUCGGUAUGAAGGGACUGACUGUGAUCCAAUCGUCUUAAAAGCCAAAAAAGGGCCCUGCUUUGAGGACAUAUACCCUGUGCAUAUUGUAUCUGAAAAUAAAGAUGGCAUUCAGGGCUCCUGUCAGUUUUUUGAAGAAAGGAUUUUACUUACAGACCAGCUGAGGACUCACAAUUUUACAUGUAAACAAGCACUUGAAAGAUGGGGAGAAAAACUUGUAAUUGUUGGGUCACAAGCCUUGCGUUUAAGAGCUUUAAUUAGCUGGGAAGGGGAUCCAACAAUAGUGCUUCCGGACUGUUCAUACUGCAUGCUUGAAAAAUUGGGAAGGUCCAGAUGGCAAGGGGAACUUCAGAAAGAUCUUCAAGGAUCAUUCAAGGUCGACGCAGGGAAAAUCCAUUAUCUGAGACGUGCACUGGAUAGGAAUGGGCUUAUCACAAUGCAGUCCCAUGUAAUUAAAUUAGCCAAUGGAACUCAGCAGCAUUCAUUGCUUUUGCUUCUGAAGCGAUUUCACAUUGAUAGGAGAAAUAAGUAUGAUAUGCUGUCAGAGAAGGUAUCAGCCCUCUUGAGUGAAUCCCACAAUCAGAUGGAAGCUCUGGUUAAUCUUAGGGAAGAACUGGGAGUGCAUGAGCGGAUAUUCAAGCGGCUUUACUAUUACAUGGCAAAUGCUGGAAUCGUGAAAAUCAUUUCUUUACCUUUGCAAGAAUUGCAGCCACUUGCAGAGCGAUGCAAAACUAAAAGAGGUACAGAUAUAAUGGUCCGUUGCGUAAAACUUCUAAAGGAAUAUAAAAGAAAAGUCGAGGAUUCUGAUGAUGAUGAGGAGGAUGAUAUGAGAAAUCGCAUUGUCCCCGUGGACAUCAUUUGUGAGAAGGAUAUGUUAACACAAACAUAUGAGCUCAUUGAAAACAGGGGAACCAAAGGAAUUUCUCAAAGUGAGAUCAGGAAGGCAAUGAAUGUAGGGAAGCUGGAAGCCCGGAUGUUAUGCCGUUUAUUGGAAAGAUACAUGCUCAUUAAGGGAUUCAUGGAAGACGAAGGUCGUCAAAGAACAACAAAAUUUAUUUCCCAUGUAUUUGUUGAAGAAAGUGACUUGCGUAGGCAGUUUUUAGAAGAAAAGGCAAAAAGUGAAAAGCUGUCAAUGUUUAGUUUAACAUCUGUACAAAAAGUUGGAGAAAACUCAACGGCUGCUGAAGACAAUACAUUCUUAGAGGAAGAAACCCUAAUUUCAGAGGAGGACAUUGAGAUCAAAAAGCAAAAGGAACAUGAGGCAAAUCCACUUCUGAGUCAGCUUUCUAUUUGCCCUAGUAAGACAUCAACCCCAAGAGCAGUUAAAUCCAAGAUUCUUCUACAAAGAGCUUUGUCUAAAGAUGGAGACAAGAGUUCUGUUCUAUCAGAAAAUGAGUGUAGCCAGGACAGCUUCCAGCUAGAAUCCAACGUUUCCACCAUAUCUGCACAUUCUGAAGAUGAAGAUGAUGUUUCAGUAAUCGAAGAAAUUCCUGAUAAGAAAGAGAAAAUAUAUAAAGGCAGAAGAAGUUCUAAACAAGGAGUAUCAGAACGAUCACAUGAAACCUAUCGACUCUUGAAAAGACGAAACAUUAUUGUGGAGGCUAUUAAAAACCUGCGUUUAGUGGAGAGCUUGUUCACGCUUCAGAAGAUGAUCAUGGAGCAUGAGAAACUGGAAGGUGUAUCCACAAAAUGCUGCAAAAAAUCCAUCUUGAGACUAGUUCAUAAACUUUCUCAAGAAGGACUUCUAAGGUUGUACCGGACCACAGUGGUACAGGAUGGAAUAAGUAAAAAAGUGGAGCUUGUUGUUCACCCUUCAAUUAAUCCUAAUGAUCCUCUAGUGAAAAGUGCGAUUGAGCAAAUACGCUUUCGUAUCUCCAAUUCAACAGGAAACAGGACACGUUCUCCACAGGGCAUGGGCAAUUCAAACAAGGCAGAAGCAGAUGAUCACAGUAAAGAGGGAACAGUGACAAAAACACACAAUGCUCCAUCACAUCAUCCUAACAGCUCUACUAAAGUGCAGCAUACUGAUGAGAAGAUGGGAAUUACGCCAUUAGUGAAUUAUCAUCCAGUAAUAGUUCCAGGACUUGGACGCUCACUUGGCUUUCUUCCUAAAAUGCCCAGACUGAAAAUAACACACCUUUUUCUCUGGUAUAUUGUCCAUGGUCACCAUAUGAGAAAACUUCCACAAGAACAACAAGCCACUAAAGAUGCUGCUUCCAGCCAUGCCAUGGGGGAAGAACCUGUUAAUGCCGAAUCCACUGUUACUGACGACGUUUCAUGUCCAAAGGAUGGAGAAACACCUCCAGAAAGUCAGACUUUGAAUUGUCAGGAACCCUUUGUAGAUCCUACUCCAGAGCAGAUUGUGGAAACUGUAUAUGUUAAUGACUCCACUUGGAUGAGAUAUGUUCCACCUUCUACUGUACAUAGUGAAUAUGGGCCUGGCUGGGUUCUCGUUAGUGAUAUUCUGCUUUGUUUGCCCCUCUCAAUCUUCAUAAAGAUUGUUCAAGUCAGUUACAAGGUGGAUAAUCUUGAUGACUAUCUAAAUGAUCCAGUAAAAAAACACACAUUGAUCAGAUGUUUGCCAAGACCUAUGCGUCAGCAGCUGCUGUACAAAAGGAGAUAUGUCUUCUCUGUUUUCCAAGGUCUCCAAAAAUUAAGCUGCAUGGGAUUGGUGCAGUUUGGUUCAACAGAAAAGUUUCAAGACAAAGACCAGAUAUUUUUAUAUGUGAGAAAGAAAGCAACCAUUGUUGACACAACAGCCUGUGAUCCACAUUAUAACCUUGCCCAAGGAAGCAAGCCUUUUGACAAGCGAUUUUAUACUUUUGAUACUUUGCAAGAAGCGGAGAGAUUUUGGUUUGAUUUGCAGUUUGUCUGUUUGAAUACACCUUUAGGUGUUGUCCGUAUUCGUGGUAAGAAAACGAAUCCUCAGGCUCAAGAGGAAAGUGUUCUCGAUCCCGACAAUGAGCAGGAAGAGAGAUCAAAUUUGGAGCGGAAAGCUGGAAUUCUGGAAAGCGUCCCGGGUAGUAGAGAGGUAGUUGAUGAUGGCUCUAUUCCUGGAGAUGGACUUGGAGCUGGGGGGCUUGACUCUAGUUUUUACAGCCACAUGAAGCGAAACUGGAUAUGGAUAAGCUACAUCAUUAACAAACAUAAGAUGGACAAAGAGUCCCAAGAUAUUGGCUUUACAAUGAGACUCCAGACAUUUCUAAAUAAGCAUACUUUACCCUUGGGUACAAGAGGUAACCAAACAAGUUUUUGGGGAGAUAAGAAGUUGGUAGGAAAAGAUGAAAUUGUUCAGGUUCUCAAAGAAGCUGCAGAAAAUCGCAGCGAACGGGUGUGCGGUGGAAAGGGGCGAAAGAGAAAAAGGCUCAAAAAAGAUACCGGACCAAACCGAAAAGCCAAGAAGAAAAAGAGUAACCCAACCAAGAAUCGGCGAUACCAUGACGAGGCAGAUCAGAGCGCAUUACAAAGGAUGACUCGCCUGCGAGUGGCUUGGACAGCCCAAGAGGAUGGCUUACUCAUGCUAUGCCGAAUUGCCAGUAACAUUCUGAAUAAAAAGGUGAAAGCGCCUUUUGUUCCUUGGCAAGUUGUCCGAGAUAUUAUGCAUUCCAGCUUCGAGGAAUCCCUUGACAAAACAUCUCAUUCCAUUGGUCGAAGAACUCGUUACACCAUAAAAAAUCCCCAGACUUAUCUUAACUAUAAAGUAUGCUUGGCAGAAGUCUACCAGGAUAAAACACUUAUUGAAGACUUUAUGUCUCAAAAGAAGAAUUACAAUGAUCCAAAAGUCUGUGCAGCAGAGUAUAAAGAAUUUGUAGAACGUUUGAAAAAUAAAUUUAGUUCUACUCUGGGUUAUGCAACAUUUGAAAUUCCUGAUAACGUCAGUGACCUCUUUGCCAGGUACAGAAUUUUGGCAGUGGGAGACAAAUCAGAUCAAGAGGGAGGUACUGAAAUUCUUGACAGUGUGAAUGACAUCUAUGUUCUGGUAGUGCAGAACCUUAUUUUGAGCACAUUGUCUCUCUCUGAUGUGCAGAUAAAAACCUGUCGAUCGCUUCAAACUUUUCGAAUUUUCAGAGCAUAUAGUGAUCAUAUUCUAGUCAAGGCUUUCAUGGAAUUUCAAAAUAGAAGAUUGGUCAAUCGACGGAGAGGAAAUCAUAUGCUUGGUCCAAAAAAGCACCGUGCCUUGCCUUUUGUGCCCAUGUCAUAUCAGCUAUCUCAGUCGUACUACAGGCUCUUUACAUGGCGUUUUCCAGUUGCAACCUGCACAGAAUCCUUUCAAUUCCUUGAACUUUUAAAAGAAACUGGAUAUGAAGAUCGAGCAGAUAGUUUUUCAUUUGGUGACCAAGAUACAGAAGAGACAGAUAUGUUGAUGUUUCCAUUGGAUGGACCAGGUGGACAGUGUGCAACUGUAUUGGCUCUUCUUUCACUGGGCCUUGUCUCAAUCAAUGUUAAAAUCCCAGACCAGAUCGUAGUAGUGGACUCCACCCUUGUGGACAAUGAAGUAAUGAAAAGCCUUGGAAAGGAUGGCUUGGAUGAUGAGGAUUUUGAGGACGAGUAUGCGGAGGACGCUAGUCAGAAGCGUAAAAUAGAAGUGAAAGCGCGACAGGCUUCUCAUACCAACUACCUGCUAAUGAGAGGUUAUUCUGCGCCGGGAAUAGUCAGCACAAGAAAUCUGAACCCAAACGAUAGCGUGGUUGUGAACUCAUGUCAAGUUUAUUUGAAACUACGAGACACAUCUCUGAGUAACAGACUGAGAUCCCCAGGUUCUCCCGGAGAAUUUACUGAUACAGGGAAAUAUCUGCCUCAUAAUUUCACUGGACUUCUGAAUACCAAAAAAGCAAGCUUUGAUACAUUUCUGAACGACUGUGUCCAAUGUCAUGGCUACAGCUCCAGAGACUUGUCUUGUAUUUCUGAAAUAUAUUCUGCCAUUGAAGCUUGUUCCUUCCAAGGCAUUAAAAUAUCAGAUCUUUUAAAUGAGUUCUGUUGGUGUGAGGAUCUAGACUCUGAAAGAACAAAAUAUUUACUGCAAUAUUUACAGGAUCUCUUAACUUCUAGCCAAGUCCUAGAGGUAGGCGGAGCCUCAGCUAGGCUUGUGGCUAUGAAGCAUGCAUACCCUUGGGUUCUGCAUUCUGAAGUAAAAGAACCCGUAACACAAGAUUCUGAAGUAAAAAAACCCAUAACACAAGAUUCUGAAGUAAAAGAACCCAUAACACAAGAGUCUGAAGUAAAAGAAUCCGUAACACAAGAGUCUGAAGUAAAAGAACCCGUAAAACAAGAGUCUGAAGUAAAAGAACCCGUAACACAAGAGUCUGAAGUAAAAGAAUCCGUAACACAAGAGUCUGAAGUAAAAGAACCCGUAAAACAAGAGUCUGAAGUAAAAGAACUCGUAACACAAGAGUCUGAAGUAAAAGAACCCGUAACACAAGAGUCUGAAGUAAAAGAACCCGUAACACAAGAGUCUGAAGUAAAAGAAUCCGUAACACAAGAGUCUGAAGUAAAAGAACCCGUAAAACAAGAGUCUGAAGUAAAAGAACUCGUAAAACAAGAGUCUGAAGUAAAAGAACUCGUAACACAAGAGUCUGAAGUAAAAGAACCCGUAACACAAGAGACAGAAACUUUUAAUCAAUAUCACGAUUGUGUGCAAUCUGCUCCACCGGCCGCUCAGAAUGUGCCAGAAAGCGAUGAAACUGGUUUUGAGCCCCCAAUGAAAAAAAUAUGUUUAGAAGAUAGAGAUCACGUGAGCCAGACAGAUUUCAAUACAUCCUUGACAUGUCCAUCUACAAGCUACAAGAUGGCGGAGAAUGUUCAAUUUCAAAAACAAGGCACAGAUGCUGUUGAGACAUUGCAUGAAAGAGAGUCAGAUUGCUGUUUCCUUGGGAGACCUUGGAGAAUUGUGGAUGGAACACUGAAUAAACCAGUGUGUAAGGGGAUGCUGGAAGGUGUCUUAUACCACAUAAUGACCAAGCCAGGGAUAACGGAGAAAAGCUUACUGCAGCAUUAUAGUGGUGUUCUCCAGCCUGUUGUUGCCAUGGAGCUGGUACAGGUAUUGGAACAGAUUGGAUGUAUCAAAAAGAGUUACAUCGAGAAAAGUUCAAAGGUUUCCUUGUUUUCGCCCACUGUGAUCCCACAAGUGAUUGACAAGCCUAAAAUAAUGGACGACCCCAUUAUAUUUUAUGAACCUACCAUUGACUGUACGUGGAGACUUGGUGGGAUUUUUCCAUCAGAAGUAAACUGGAACAAAUGGGUUCUGUAAAGUAAUACACUUUAACUAUUCUAGCAGUACAUUAUUUAAAUAAAUUGUGUUUUGUGCCAAAACUAUUUUAAAUAAUAUUUCAAGUUGUAAUUAGCAGCCUCCAUUUCGGUACAUUGUGUAUAGUUUGUGGGAAUGGCUUAUUAGUAAUAAACAAGCUAUUUUUGUUAAUAAAAUUGCAUUUAAUAUAUA